AUGGAAAAUUCUAUGAGCAGUGACUCUGCCGGGAUGAUGACGACAAAGAGUUGUCAAAGAGGCCACUGGCGGCCGGCGGAAGAUGAUCGUCUCCGGCAACUCGUCAAAGACUUUGGUCCCAAGAAUUGGAAUUUCAUUGCUCAGCAUCUUCAAGGAAGAUCAGGGAAAAGUUGCAGAUUAAGAUGGUAUAACCAACUUGAUCCGAACAUCAACAAAAGGCCAUUUACAGAGAAAGAAGAAGAAACCCUUCUGAAAGCUCACCGGAUUCAAGGCAACAGAUGGGCUUCCAUUGCAAGGCUUUUUCCUGGAAGAACUGAUAAUGCUGUGAAGAAUCAUUACCAUGUUGUUAUGGCGAGAAGAAAGAGAGAAAAAUUCUCUUGUUAUGGAAAGAGAAGUUGCCAUUUUAAUCCUCCUUCUUCCAACACCACCACCACCAUUACUGCUACUCCUAAUUCUUCUGUUCAAACCUAUUUAAGUAAUUUCAGACCUUUUGAUCCCCAAUCCAAACAUGAUAUUCACUUAUUUAAUUCCAACAAAAACAACUUUAUCAGCUCUAAUUUUCUAUAUUCAUCACCCGCCACAACUUCUAACGAUUCUCCUACUUCUAAUUGGACUCAUAGUGGAUCAACAGUCACCUGUAGUGCUCAUCAUAAUAAUUCACUCAUCGGUUUUGAUGUUCUUCGUGGGUCCAUGACAACUCCUUCAUCAUCGUCUCAUCAUCAUCAUUAUCAUCAUCAUCAGAAAUUAGUACAUGGGUCAGAUCGAAUCUUACCUUUCAGUAACUACCCAAGUUUGUUUGCAACAAAGCCUGCUGUUGCUCCUCCUCAUCAUCAUCAUCGUUUUUUUAGUAAUCGUGUUGAAAGUGAAGAAAUUUGGAGGAGGAAACAGCAUUUGCAGACAGUUGGUGAACAAGAUGAUUGCCGGGAAGACGAUGAAUCGAACAAGGUGAACAAAGAUGUUGAUUUCAUAGACUUUCUUGGUGUUGGAAUCUCUUGA